UUUCAUUACACAAUAACUUGAUACGUUUCAUUCUUCAUUGUGCAGAACUCAUCACAGGUGGUCAAAUCCUGCAUUCCAACUUAUCGUCGUAAAUGAACUUUCAGUUUCGGCCGUACGUGGAAAGGUUGGGACUAGUAAAUUGGUGACAACUUUUGGAUGUUGGUAGUGUUUCAGUUAUGUUCAUUUCAAUAAUGCAUGCAUAAGAACUACUGAUCUUGGUUUUUUUGUGACAACCUUAAGUACAUAUUUGCAAAGCUUUUUUGACAGCAUUCAAAUAAAUUCCGCGUGUUUCAACUUUCGAUAUUGGCUACGCAACAUCAAGUUGUCUGGCCUAGCCUGGCAAAAGAUGUGGCUACAAAAUGAAGUAAAACUGACGAACAUAGUUCAAAUUGAAUUUUAUGUUUAAUAUCAUAUUAAACUUAAAAAAUGUUGAAGAUUUCAAAAAUGUGGUUUGUGCAUACUGUUUAGUCAAAUAGAGAUGAAAAUUGUAGACUCGUCUAUUAAUUAUAAUUUUUAAGUGUUUUGUAACUAUUUCUAUUGAGUCUUUUAUACUGUGCUUUUUGAAUCACUUCCACUAAACAUGGGUUUGAGCGUACUAGAUUAUGAUACUACAAUUUUGAUUCCCAAUUUGUAAUCCAAGAAAUUGCUAAACUACAUUAAAUAUUACAUACAGUCAAGGAUGUAAAACGGGGUAGAAUAAUAUGAAGCUUAGCUGAGCAUGCGCAAGGGCAAACCACAAAAACUUGCUGAGCCCUUGACACAAAAACUGAAACCCGAACAGUAACACAAGCUUUGCAUUAUAGCAGUAUUGAUAAAAUAUAGAAGCAUUCUUUACCUAAAAACUUUAUUUAUCCAACAUUUAACAUGUCUGAAUCGUUGGAGUAUAAGUUGGCGCAAACACUCAUGUGGAGUGACCAAGCUUAUAAACUCGACAAAUUUCUAAAGAAAUUCAAACUUCCUCAAGUGGUUUUAGUAAAGGAAGGAUUCUGCGACAACGAUGAACAAAUGACUUUCAGCAGCCAUCAAAUUUUAACCCUACAUCAACUCUGGGUUACUCAUAAGUUUGUUUGUCAAGGUGAAGACAGAAAAAAGUUUCUCUUGCCUGCAAACUGCGAGCUUUUGGCAGAGGUAUUACCACUGGAUAGCAAUGAUAUGAAUAUAACCGCGAAGCAGUUGACCAAAACACGUCGGCGUAUUAAGUACGUGCGAGUUUUGGAAGCCAUCGUCAAUGGGAGCAAGGAUCCUAGAAAUUCUUUCAAAACCAACGACAUUCUUGAAAUCAAGAAAAUUGAACGCAACUUCGCAGGUAUUCAAUGUAGAAACCUUUCAUUUGAUCAUGACACGUAUAUAUCAUCAAACGACGCAUCGACGUUUGUCCCUUUACUGGACCCAAACCACUACACAUUGGCAGAGAUUAAAGUAAAGUAUGGCUUUCCAGCUAAGAUAAGAUUCAUAAAUAAAAGAAACAAAUUUGAAAGACGUUCAAAUGAUUCGGGACAUUCCAUGAUUAAUUUGUGCAGGCUGGGUGAAAUAACGGCCAUCAAUGAAGUCAAUGAAAGUGAAGUAAUUGUCACCAUGGUUUGCUCAAACGUCAAAGAAAAGGUUUGCCUGAACGUUCCUGCAAAACUUGAUAUCAAAGUUACAGUGGCCGAAGGAUUUCUCAAAGGUGACGAGAAUUACGCAACGGUAGUUAAAACUUUAGACAAAGAACUCAACAACACUGACCUCGAUGCAUUUGAAAACCUGGAUGUCUAUGAACAUGUGCAAGCGGUUAAGAAACAGAUGCAUGACAGGAACAAUGCUUUUUCUGUCAGGAAAGCAUCACUGGAAGUCGCCGAUCAAGCACGUUAUCAUUUGGAACAAAAAAUGAAAACAAUGACGACUGAUGACGCUCCGAAAAUUCAAACUCAAAGUUUGACAACUUUGGACGAGGUGACACCACCACAAGCGCCACUGAAGAAAACAAGAAAAAAAAUAAAGGGCCGAAUUUCUUCCAGCAAGGCAACGGAUGAUCAAAACAUGCCACCAAAGGCAGAAAAAUCAGAUCAUUCAAAACAUAACGUCGAAGGAUUUGUUUGCUCCUCGGGUGAUGUGUUUGAUGAAAGCAAUUACACUUCAUUAAAUCCCACAUAUUCGGAAAAGAUCGAGAAAAGUUAUGAACCUCUCUUUUCCAAGCCAGACGGUGGAGAUUCCAUAAACCCUAGAAAAGUAAAACAAGGCGAAGAAACAAAAACAAAAUAUUCUUCAGAAGAUCAUUACGAAUGCAUUGAAGAUGUGAUCACCAAGACACCACCAAAGGUAUCCUUGAAAAGCAAAAAGGAGAAAUUGGAAAGUAAACUAAGAGCGAUUGGAAUCAAUAAAACACCAAACAAAAUUGAAAAGUCAACAAGACCAGAGAAGUCAGACGCUUUAUUCGAAGAAAGUAGCGGUAGUGUUGCCACCGAGAAUAUGCUUCAUCAACAGCUGUCAUUAGCAGACAAUAUAGAAGCACACCAUUUACCCCCGAAUAUACCAUCAACUACGCACACUGAACAUAAUAAAGAAGCAAUAUACCAUGCGUUAUCCCGAUAUCCUCAAGAUUUGUCCCGUCUAAGUAUAGAAGACGUUAGUCAACUACUAAUGUACCUGGGAAUGAAGAGAAACGUUGAAACUUUUGAGAACGAACUGAUUGAUGGAUCAAUGUUAAUGACUAUAGAUAAAGAAUGUCUUGAGAGUUUGAAUGUAAACACGUUUCAUUGUAACAAGUUGCUGCGUUUCAUCAAUGGUUGGCGUCCUAAAGUUGGCAAGUCAAAAACUUCUUUAAUGUAAUUAUAAAGAUCAGUUAAGCUGUAAAGUGGCGUUUGGGAUAUAACAAACCGAACCGAAAAAAUCAUUUUUUUGUAAAAUGAAAGGAACAUAUGUAUUAAGGAAAUAAUAUGGCUUUUCUCCUUUAGUCGUUGUUAAUGUAAAAAUAGUCAAGUGGAUAAUGCGUCUGACCAUACGAAUAAAAGAAAUGCAGCAGGAUCGAGUGGUGUCAAAAUCGAUCGUUUUAUUUUGUGAAAAAAAAUCAAACAACUGAUUUAUUUUGAAAUUAAUCAUUUUAUUUUAUAAAAAUAUUUGAAGUUAUUUUCAAAGAUUCAAAAUAGCAAAAGUUUAAUAAUUUUCUAUUCCAAAAAAGUUUCUUCUGAAACAUUGAACAAAAAUAGGUACGAAUGCGUACAUGUGGGUAGCCUGUCAAGUGCAUGUCUAGUAAAUGAAGUAGAUUUAAUGAAUAUAGUUCAAAUAAGAUUUCGUAUUUAAUAUUAUUUACGUCAAACUUGUUCA